CACCGGGUGCAUGCCAGUUGUCCGACUAGCAUGCAGCCCGUACCUGCGAGCAUCCCGAGCGGCCGCCGCUGCGGAGCCGCAACCACAGCGCGACCUGAGGACGCGGCGCCAGCCGCUGGUCAUUUUUCUCUAUAGAGAGCCAGAAGAGAAAACAACCAUAGAAGAGAAAGUGCCAAAAUCUCGGUUUGGUUUGUUUUCUUGGCUGUCGUAAGCUAAUUUGUUUAUGAAAAUGCCCAGCGUGUGUAAUCUGAAUAACUGGAGGCGAUGGAUCCGACCCCUGGUCAUACUUACUUAUGUAGUUAGUUAGCAUGCUGAUCUUUCUUACCUUGUGUGUUUGGAAAUCUCAUACAGCAGAGAAGGUAAGUGAGUCCAGCACCUCUACCCUUUCUUAGUCUGUUUGACAGAAUCCCUUAGCCUUCAAUGCUUGGGGGUCAGAAAAACAUUUCAUCUCUCAACACUUUGCCGCUACAAGUGGAGGUGGGACCAGGUGGAGAAAAAUAGAUCUUCACACCCAAAGCUCUUUUGAGAAAGAGAUUUGGGGAGGAGGAGUCCAGGAGAGUGACUGCCUCUACCAGAGUGGAGAUAACGGCCACCAACUGACCAGGCAGGGCGGUUUAUAUAGGAACUCUUGGAGGAGGGGGGGAGUCACCCAGGGAUUGGUUAGUUGUUUUUUCCUGCCCAGGGAUUGGUCAGUUUUGUGGGCUAGGCUCAGACAUGGCCAUUCUCCUUUGGAAGGACUAUAGUAAGGCGGCUGUUUUGACGGGAUAAGCAGUUACCAUUUCUCAGGAGAGGUUUACAGUUACAUUUUUCUUUUUUUCUAUUCUUGUCUUACUCUGUUCAAAACAGAGCAUAUUCCAAUAGAAAUAAUAAUAUCCAAGACACCAGUUACAACAUAGUCUAGAUUAUUCUACACAAACAUCUAGCAAGCAGGAAAACCGCACACAUACAAGCAGCAUUCACAGAAAUGCAGUUACUCUGGCACACGAGAUCACGCCCACUCACAGAGUACACACAAACAAGUUGGAUAGACCGGCAGACGGCAUUGGCUGAGAUCACCCACUAGCCGCCCACCUCUCUCUCCUCGCGCACACCAUUUGCGGAUUUCUCAAGGUCUGGGCUCUGAGACUUCCUUAUUGAACUUUGGGAUCCCGCCCCUCAGGCCCUUGGCAACUGGCUAGCCUGGGGUGGGCGGAGCAGAAAUACAGUCGGCCAAUUGGGCUUGUGCACUCGUUUUCCGCCCCUUCCUUGUUUGGAUUCUUAAAGGGAUUACGUGCCUAGGCAGGGAAGAGCCCGCUUCCAAAGCCAGGCUGCUACCUUGGCCCUUUUAAAAGGCAGAGCCACGGAGGAGGGGGGGUGUUCUGGGCGGAACCAAUGAGCAACCCCUAUCAGGCCGAGGUCAAGUGCGCAGGUCCUGAGCACAGCCUGCAGGCACCAGGUGGCGUUCGCUGCGACGCUCGCCGGCUAUAUACAUGGCUUUGAGAGGAGUCUCCGCGUGGCUACUGAGCCGCAGGCCCGGCCUGCACUUCCCAUGUGUCCCGCGUACGUGGAGCUCGGCGGCGGCACACACCGAGAAAACACAGAGUCGAUCGGCCAAAUGAUUCACCUGGAGCGAUAUGGGGAGAAAAGGUGCAGCUUAGAAAUCCAGAAGAGGCGGCGGGGUCUGGCUGAUUCGAAUCCCACGCCCCACCCAGCCUCUCGUCCUGGGUUUGACUGGAGGGACCCACUGGUGCUGGAGGAGCAGCUGACCGCCGAUGAGAAACUCAUCAGGGAUACCUUCCGCAACUACUGCCAGGAGAGGCUUAUGCCUCGAAUUCUGCUGGCCAAUCGAAAUGAAGUUUUUCACCGGGACAUCGUGCAUGAGAUGGGGGAGCUGGGCGUGCUGGGACCCACCAUCAAAGGGUAUGGCUGUGCUGGAGUGUCAUCAGUGGCCUAUGGUCUCCUGACCCGAGAGCUGGAGAGGGUGGACAGCGGCUACAGGUCAAUGAUGAGUGUUCAGUCCUCCCUCGUCAUGCACCCUAUCUAUACCUAUGGGAGCGAGCAGCAGCGACAGAAGUAUCUGCCCCGGCUGGCCAAGGGUGAACUUCUGGGCUGCUUUGGGCUUACAGAGCCCAACCAUGGGAGUGACCCAGGUGGCAUGGAGACCAGAGCUUGCCACAAUCCAUCAAACCAGAGCUACACUCUCAAUGGGACCAAGACCUGGAUCACCAACUCGCCCGUGGCUGACCUGUUUGUAGUGUGGGCUCGGUGUGAGGAUAACUGUAUACGGGGCUUUCUGCUGGAGAAAGGAAUGCGGGGCCUCUCAGCCCCUAGGAUUGAGGGAAAGUUCUCCUUGCGGGCCUCAUCUACUGGUAUGAUCAUCAUGGACAAUGUGGAGGUGCCCGAGGAGAAUGUGCUCCCUAAUGUGUCCAGCCUGGCGGGUCCUUUUGGCUGCCUUAACACUGCCCGAUAUGGCAUCACAUGGGGUGUGUUGGGAGCUGCUGAGUUCUGUUUGCACACAGCCCGGCAAUAUGCCCUGGACAGGAUCCAGUUUGGCGUCCCCUUGGCCAGGAACCAGCUGGUUCAGAAGAAGCUGGCGGACAUGCUCACCGAGAUCACACUGGGCCUCCAUGCGUGUUUGCAGCUUGGCCGUUUAAAGGAUCAGGACAAGGCUACCCCAGAAAUGGUCUCCCUGCUGAAGAGAAACAACUGUGGGAAAGCCCUGGACAUUGCCCGCCAGGCACGAGACAUCCUAGGAGGAAAUGGGAUUUCUGAUGAGUACCAUGUGAUUCGGCAUGCUAUGAAUCUGGAGGCAGUAAACACUUACGAAGGUACACACGACAUUCACGCUCUGAUCCUCGGGAGAGCAAUUACUGGGAUUCAGGCAUUCACAGUUGGCAAAUGAACCCACUUCAGCAGAGGGCCCUUCAACAGAGAAAUUGCUUGGCUAGAUCCUGGCAGCACUGUGCAUUGCUCCAAGUCUGCUCAACAAGUGGUGGACGGACCCAGUUUUUAUGGUGGAAAGUGAGACACUGAUGUGAGACUAUGGAAAUUUCUUUCUGGAAGAUGUUCAGAUAUGCUCUAUACAAAAAAGAUGCAAUUCUCUGUAGGCCCUCGGCCCUUUUAAAAUGAGAUCAGACUCCCAUCUACCUUGUUUUAAGCUUCUUCUAACUGAGGAGGAGCGAGAUACAACGGGGAGAGACACGGAAGCCAGUGAGUGAAGUAGAGCAGACUUUGUGAGAAGGUGCUCUGGAGUUUACAGUGUGCCUUCCUUCCUGCCUCCAUCUCAGGGGCAGUACCUUCUGUGUCCAACACUGAGCAGAUAAAAGAGGAAAAUAAAGAGCCUGUGCCUCA